CUCAAUGUAGGGAGUGGGAGUGAUUUUGUUCCCCAGGGGACAUUUGGCAAUGUCUGGAGACAUUUUUGGUUGUUAUGACUGUGGGUUGCUACUAGCAUCUAGCACAUAGAAACAUUCUGUAAUGUACCGGGCAGCUUCCCACAACAAAGAAUUAUCCAGCCCAAAUGUUAACAGUGCUGAGGUUGAGAAACCCUGACUUACAACCAUUUCUUGGAAGACUUAUUAAAAGUGACCAUUUAUUCAGAAGUGCUACCUUCAAGAGUACCAAGCUAUCGAGUUUCAGUUUCCCAAGGGGAUUUUACAUCAGUUGUCAAGUUUCACUUUGUUUCCCUUUUCUCUACUUGCUAUGUUUUAUACGUUGAUAAGAAUAAAUUCAAAAGAUAAUAAACUACUGAUUAUCCCAAGAAUCCACCGACCUAACAAUCUGUAAAAAAAAAAAAAAAAAAAGGAUAUUCAAAUUCCAUCUAGUAAUUCUGGCAUGUUAAGCACCCACUCAACAGUCAGGUCUUUUGUUUCUUCUCAAUCCUAAAAAUGCACAUUUCUUUAAAAUUUUUACAGAUGAUAUUUGGUUUUCUCCUAAACGAUAGAAGCAGAUAAGCAGGAGUUUUUUUCCAUUGAUGUUUACCACUGAUUGCCAUCAGUUUAAACCUUAAUAAACAAAGACUAUCUCUUGAUCAAAACACAGCUAAGGGAAGGAAAAGGAAAGAAGUAGGAAAGUACUGGAAAAAUUUUCAAACACUGCAGCUCUAUUAAGUUUUUCUACAUCUUUAGUAAAGAGGAUUCUAGAUUUAUUUUUCUACGCAAAAUAAAUCUUCUAGCACCUUUUCUAAAAUUUGGCUUUCCAUUUCAUUCAAGAUAAACACUACAAUAGCCUACAGGUCCACCACACCCCACUGCCUCUCUGACCUCAUUUCUUAUGACUUCUCUUCUGCUCUCUCCACUCCAACCGCACCAUCCACACAUGCCAAGUAUGCUCCCACCUGAAGGGCUUUGCAUUUACUGUUUUCUCUGCUUGGAAUGCUCUUCCCAGGAUAUUCACAGUGUUCCCUCCUUCAUCCUCUUCAGCUCUUUGCUCAAUUGCCACUUUUUCAGUGAUACCUUCCCUCAUCACCAAUUUUAUAAUUAUAAAACAUCCCACACCCUAACCCUCUCUAUACCCCUUUCCUGCUUUAUUUUUCUCCAUAGCACAGGGUCGCUAUGAGUCGGAGUCGACUCAACAGUAACGGGGUUUUGGUUACUAACCUAAACGCUGGCAACUGAACCCAUUCAGCGGCGCCACAAAAUAAAGCCUUGGCAACCUGCUUCUGUAAAGAUUACAGAAGAAACUAUGGAGCACAGUUCUCUCUGUAACACAUGGGAUCGUUAUGAGACGGAAUCCACUGAAGGGCAAAUAGGUAUACUGACAGUGGAGUCCCUGGGUGAUGCAAAUGGUUAACAUGCCUGACUGCUAACCAAAGGUUUUGACCCCAACAUUUCUCUACUAGAAAUUUACUCAAUGGAAAUAAUGGCAAUAAUAUGUGAGUUUCUCCUAAACAAUAUAAUACAGCAUUGCAGUGUUGUUUGCUGAAUCAAAAAUUACAAGCAGUGACUUCAGUUUCCGCUUAGGACGUAGAAAGCUGGAAGAACAGCAUCGCUUCCACAAUUAGUAGAAAAAUAACGCUGGACAAUCUGCGGUUAUUUUUAUAUUAAAAAGAAAAAGUUAAACUGAGCGGCACUCAGACUCAGUAAGGCAGGUGAGAGCCGAGACCACCGCGGGGUUUCCUAAUUCCAGGGGCCCCUCCUGCAAAUUCAACUCCAAACCAACCUGCGCUUGGCAAACAUCUCUCCGCCGCUCCGCAGCGUGGCCCAGCCCCUCUCAGCUCCUCCGGAAGUUUUGGUUUCCAGAAGCCGGACUCCACCGGGUGAGGGGGAUCAGAUUCACUUUCUAGUUUCCUUUUCCUUCUCGGCUCCCGGCUUUAACAAAGACAACCGCCAUGGCACCAAGCCAGAGCAGCAAACGCCCCUCUGGAAGCCCGCGCCGCGCGCCCGCCCGCGCGCUCUCGUCGACGCCGCGCGUCCGCGCCGCCGCUCCUCAGCCGGAGAUCCGUGGUCCUGAAGGGAAAAGCACGAGGGACUGCCGCCUCCCAGGACGGCCAGCAGAGCCUAGCCACCAUGAGUGAAAUUCCUAAGGACUCCUUGAAGGCCAUCCUGUUGGAGUUAGAAUGUCACUUUACCUGGAAUUUACUGAAAGAAGACAUCGAUUUGUUUGAUGUGGAAGAUACAAUUGGGCAACAGCUUGAUUUUCUUACCACAAAAUCCAGACUCACUCUUUUUAACCUAUUGGCUUAUGUGAAACACCUAAAAGGACAAAAUAAAGACGCUCUAGAGUGCUUGGCACAAGCAGAAGAAAUAAUCCAGCGAGAACACUCAGACGAAGAAGAAGUACGAAGUCUAGUCACUUGGGGAAAUUAUGCUUGGGUGUAUUAUCACAUGGACCAACUUGAAGAAGCUCAGAAGUACGUAGACAAGAUAGAGAACGUCUGCAAGAAAUUGUCCGGGCCUUCUAACUACAAGUUGGAACGUCCUGAGAUUGACUGUGAGAAAGGGUGGGCGCUCUUGAAAUUUGGAGGAAAGUAUUAUCAGAGGGCUAAAGGAGCUUUUGAGAAGGCCUUGGAAGCAGAACCUGACAAUCCAGGAUUUAACAUUGGCUAUGCCAUCACGAUGUAUCGGCUAGAUGAUUCUGACAGAGAAGGUUCUAUAAAGAGCUUUUCUUUGGGCCCUUUAAGGAAGGCAGUUACCCUGAACCCAGAUAACUCCUACAUUAAGGUUUUUCUGGCACUAAAGCUUCAAGAUGUACAUGCAGAAGCUGAAGGGGAAAAGUAUAUUGAAGAAAUCCUGGACCAGGUAUCAGCCCAACCUUAUGUCCUUCGUUAUGCAGCCAAAUUCUAUCGGAGAAAAAACUCCUGGGACAAAGCUCUCGAACUUUUAAAAAAGGCCUUGGAGGUGACACCAACCUCUUCUUUCCUGCAUCACCAGAUGGGACUUUGCUACAGGGCACAAAUGAUCCAAAUCAAGAAGUCCACGCACAACAGGCCUAAAGGAAAGGAUAAAUUGGAAGUUGAUGAGCUGAUUACAUUUGCUAUAUUUCAUUUCAAAGCAGCUGUGGAACAGGACUCUAUGUUUGCAUUUGCCUACACGGACCUGGCCAACAUGUAUGCUGAGGGAGGCCAAUAUAGCAACGCUGAAGACAUUUUCCAGAAAGCCCUUCGUCUGGAGAACAUAACUGAUGAUCACAAACAUCAGAUCCACUACCACUAUGGACGCUUUCAGGAAUUUCACCGAAAAUCAGAAAAUACUGCCAUUCGUCAUUAUUUAGAAGCCUUAAAGGUUAAAGAAAGGUCAUCUCUGCGCACCAAACUGACAAGUGCUCUGAAGAAAUUAGCUACCAAGAGACUUGGUUAUGACGCCUUCGAUGUCCAGAGUUUGAGUGCCCUAGGGUUCAUUUACAAGCUGGAGGGAGAAAAGAGGCAAGCUGCUGAGUACUAUGAGAGGGCUCAAAAGAUAGAUCCUGAAAAUGCAGAAUUCCUUACUGCUCUUUGCGAGCUUCGACUUUCCAUUUAAAUACAUUCUCUAGGAAAUUAGUUUGAGCUUCCGCUCACCCCAUUUUGGGUUUUUAUAUUUUUGCUUGUUUUAAUCAGUUGUUCAUUAUAGACCCAAUAUUUAUUGAAUGGUUCUUGUGUACCAGGCAUUGUGCUAAAUGCUUUGUAUACAGUAUGAUGAA